CAUGAAUGCUUUUUGGUGGCGAGGCCAUGGUUUUAAAGGAAAAGGUAUAAGGUGGCUAAAUUGGUCUGAUUUAUGUGUUCCGAAAAGCUUAGUUGGGAUGUGGUUUCGGAAGUUUAGGGACUUUAAUAUUGCCAUGCUGGGAAAACAUGUUUGGAGGCUACUUAAGCAACCAGAGUCGCUUGUUAGUAAGAUUUUGAAAGCUCGGAAUUUUCCCAAAGAUGACAUGCUAGAGGCGAGUUUGGGGAACAAUCCCUCUCUCAUAUGGAGGAGCAUAGUGGCAGCCAUCCCCACAGUUCGGGAAGGAGUUUUACACCGAGUGGGGGAUGGCUCUUCAAUUCGAGUGUGUAAGGAUAAGUGGAUUCUUAAGGCAAUAGGGGGAGACCGGCCGGAGAAUUUGUUAGCGGAUUAGAGGAUAUCACAAUUAGUUCUAUAAUGACGACGGACGGCAGCAACUGGGAGUGAGAUAUACUGAACGAUUUGUUUAAUGACGAUGACCGGGAAGCUAUCGCUACCAUUUCGGUGAAGGGCUCUAAAGGGGCGGACGAACUGAUAUGGGCCGAUGAUAAGAAGGUAAGAUAUUCGGUCCGAAGUUGCUAUAAAAUACUAUCCAAAAGAGUCUCAGAUACUUGGGAUUGGACUCAGGUUUGGAAGCUAGAAAUUCCACCAAAGAUGAAGGUGUUCUUUUGGCAAGCGUGUACGGAUUGUUUACCAUCAAAGGAGUGACUGUUGCAGCGUCGUGUACCGAUCUGGCCAAUCUGCAGCACUCGUGGCGUGGAAAGAGAGAGCAAAUUCCAUGCUCUUCGCGACUGCCCGUUGGCCAACGAAGUGUGGCGAAGCCAAAGCAAAGCAUUUUUCCAGAUUGGGGCAGUAACUUUUAAAGAGUGGGCUGAUGUGGUUAGUACUAGAUGUUCCUGCUUGGAGUUUAGUCGGUUUGUGGCAAUAUGGUGGAGUUUAUGGAAGGCAAGAAACGAGAAGGUUUGGAAGAAUAACAAUUCCAGUUGGAGGGGAGUUGUGGCUUGUGGCGAGACCAUGCUAUCCGGAUGGAGGGAAGCUCUCCUUAAUCUUCAGGGGAGAAGGGGGGAGACCGCUACCGACCGGUGGCAACCGUCGAGUGCGGGUAUUAUAAAAAUAAAUGUGGAUGCGGCGGUACAAGUGAAUGGGGAGUGGCGGGGGCUGGGGAUGGUUGCAAGGGACGAAGAGGGAAAAUUUGUUGCCAACAAGAGAAUAAGGGAACUGGGGAGAUUUACAGUAACUUUAACGGAAGGCCUCGCUGUUCGUGAAGCAUCCAUUGGACGGGCCAGGCAGGUUGGCGACAAAUUAAUGUGGAAUCAGAUGCACUUUCGGUUGUCAACGGGAUCACAACUUCUGAUGGCAUUUUGUAUGAGGAUGGUAUCUAUGCACAAAUUAGACAUAUGAUGGCAGGAUUUGCUAAUAUAAAUGUCCACUUUGUGAAGCUAUCAGCGAAUCGAGUUGCCCAUGCUUUGACUAGGCAAGCUAUUUCGGAGUCUGAUUGUACUUGGGUGGGAAUACCACCCGAUAACAUUAUUGUUUUGUUGAAGAACGAUUUACAUUAAUAUAGUUAUUUGUUUUCAAAAAAAAAGUGGAAAGAAAUGAAUAAAUACUUCCAGGAAAAAAC